CGAUAUUGCUCAUGCGGAAGUAAGCUGACGGUGGUGAAUUUAAGGGUUUUGCCCUCUACACUAUAGUACUUGACAGGGAGAUGAUGAGUCCCUCAUGAAGACGAUCCAUAUGGCUAACGGAUUUCAACAUAUGAACAAGACCGUUCUCCUAGCCAAGGAGAACGGCGUCCUUGUCGGCGCGCACCCAUCGCUGCCUGACAGGCAAGGAUGGGGUAGGCGUGAGAUGGUCAUUGAGCCCGAAGAGCUCGCGUCGUGCUUCAUCUACCAAGUUGGCGCACUCACAGGUUUCCUGAAGCUCCAUAGCGUGGAUAUGUAUCAUAUCAAACCCCACGGAGCUGUCUAUGGCAUGACCGCCCGUAACAUGGAUCUCGCUCGCGCAGCGGUCGGAGUGGCCAAGACGUUCGGAGUCGCUUAUAUGGGCCUCGCUGGGACAUGUCACCAGACUGCCUGCGAAGAGCUCGGCGUCCCAUUCAUCACCGAGUGGUAUGCUGAUAUGGAGUACGCCCCAGAUGGCAAACUCCUGAUAACCAAAAAACACGAUCCCAUCACACUCGAUGUCGUCACAGCCCGGGUCUCGAAAAUGCUCUCCGAAGGUCUUAUCACGGCCAAGGAUGGUACCUUCUUGCCUUUGGGCACCGGCGUUAAGGACGUAUCCAUUUGCUGCCACUCCGACACUCCGGGCUCGGUCGAGAUUGCGAAACUCGUGAAGACCAUGGUGGACGAGAACAACGCACACUUGAACUGAUACUAGCGGUAGUCAUUGGUCGAAGAUGCGAUGAUGUGUAUUUGUAUCGAUGAGAUGCAAGAUUGUAAUAUUGCCGUGUUCCUACUCUCA